AUGAGGUUUGCCCAUCGACUGCGCAACAAUUUCCGAAAAGAAGACACGAUGCGCAUCCUCUUUUCCGGCGAGAUGUUCGACAUUGACGGUGUCUACAACUCCCAAAACGAUCCAGUAUGGGCAGUGGACCAUGCUGAAGCCGACGAGAUGGGUGGCAUCAAACAAAAACGGAAAUUUCCUCAGAAGGUCAUGCCCAGAAACCAAGAAGAGGCACAUUCCCAUUUCUUAUGGCUGAAAAAACAUGGGGAGCUGUCAGUCUUGAACAUCUGCACUGGAGACAUAAAGCAUGAAAGGAACCUCCAUCAUCAGCGAGGAAAGAAUCUUGGAUGCAUCAAUGUCUCAAAGGGAGAUUCAGUACAGUUUUCUCCAACAGUGAUUCAGGAGUCUUGGCUGCAAAAACUGAGGAGGCCCUUAGUCAAGAAGACCAGAGGAGGUUCUGCUGCAAAAGUUUUCUGCUCAGAUGAUGGAGUAGUCAUCCUCAUAGUUAUGCCCACUCAACACAUUCAUCUCUGGCAUGGUGGAGAAAAUGCUAUGCCUGAUGCUUGGCACUUCACAGAUCAUUUCAAAGAGCUGGUCCCUCACAGCACUUAUUCUCGAGUUCUGUUGGAUGCAUUCUUUCCUAUUCCACCACAUCAGGUGGAGAAGCCAUUGGCUAGGCUGGUUGGAGCAUUCCUCUGUCAUGAUGGGGCUAUUCAUAUGGCACUUCUUUCCUGGACACAUAAGUGGGCUGGAGGAACUCUUCCUUCACUUGACAUUUCUUCCUUGAAACUUCGAGUGUGCAUUGGAAAAGAAUUCAAAUUCCUUGCUGGAUCCUUGAAGGUUUCCAGUAUUGGAUGGAGCAGUGAUGACAUCCUACUUCUCUGUCUCACCAGCAGUGGGUCUUUGUUCUGCUUCUCCACUCUUGGACAAUGCCUUUCCACUUGCCUUCUUACUGGUAAUAACCCAAAAUACAACCCCUUUCCAUGUCUCAUCUUUGAUUUGGUGGUCCCAACAAGAGCAAGGAUUGCUGUGACACCUGAGGACUUUUCUGAAUCAAGUGUAGAUGAAAGUAAGGUGAAGCCCAAGAUGCAUCUGACUACUCACAGAAAUUCUGGGCUUGUGGCUAUAUCCAAUGGAUUUCACUUCAGAGUUCUUCAACUAGCUCCUGAGUUCACCAGAACAUGGAAGGCGAUGGAAACAUGUCUCCUUUGGACCCAGUUCUACAUUCUCAGCUGGGAAUCUGAUAGAAAGGUGACUCAGAGACGAGUUCUUCAGACCCUCAACCACUCGCUAAGAAUGCAGUCUGAUGUAGAAGUACCAGUGGACAAGAUUGCCAGAAUGAAGAGGAUGAAUGUCAUCAACAAAAUCAGGAAAUAUCCAUUCAAGGAGAAGCUGAUUCCUGGAUCCGUUCAGAGGAGGAGGGAUGAACAAUUAAGUAUUGAAUCUCUGCACCCAGUCACAUUCAGUAAUGGAGCCUAUGAAUGUCUGCUGCCUCAUGAGCUGGGAGAGCAGAGAUUAAGCAGGAAGGUCCAAUUGCAGAGAGCAUCUGAAGCCUUGAUUCUCAGUUGGAACCUAAUCUCUGUUGCUGAAAGUAGUGAUGAGGCAGGGCACAAAAACUUUGAAGACAUGCUUUCAUGCCUUUGUCAGUUCUCCAUCCAGUGGUUGUUCCUCAUUCUCUCUCCAGCGCAUCACUAUCCAAAAAUUAAGGAUCCAGCAAGACUUGUCUUCAAGUUUCUUGCUCAGAUUGUGGACUCUGCACGAUUUGAUGUGAAUCGUCGCUGCCCGCUCUACACAAUACAAAUUUUUCUUAAUGUAUCUCGUCUGGUUGGAGAGUCACAUUUUUCAUGGAAGGUCAAGGUCUCUUAUGCUUAUCGCCUGUGUCAACUUGCUAACACACUUAACAUGAUACUCUCUCAGCUCUUCCCUCGUGAAAUCAGCAUGAUUGGACAAUGGCGUAUCCUUUGGCUUGCCCUGCAUCAUCUCCUCUCUCAAGUGAAGGAUAAUAUAAAGGAAGACUCAGAUCAUCAUUCAGUCAAGUUGCUUGUGUCUGCACUUGCCUUCACAAAGCGAAGGACUGGCUCAAGAAUGUACACAUCCAUACUGACACCAGCAAUUAUUAGUCCUAAUAUUGCUAUUAAAAUACUCAAGGGAGAUGUGUUGGAAGUGCAAGAUGAAUGGUUUCGGACAGUGGCAGAUGGAUUUUCUAGUUCAGAAGCACUACGCCAGUCAAGUCUGUGUUAUCCCCUUCUGGGGAUUCUUUAUUCAGGGAUGAAGGACUUCCGUCCUGCUUUGGCCUGCCUUCCUCUUGAAUGGCUUCUCUGCUCUAAAAUUCUUCUUCCACAAGGUCUGGAACACCCUGACAUUCAGGAAUAUAUAGUCAGCUUGGGGCGAAUCAUGGAGAUGUACCUCUGCAAGGGAAAAAUAUAUGUCCCCCUUCCAAAUCAACUUAAGGGACUUGAUUUUACUGAAGACGCAAUGAACCCAGGAGUUCAUAUAAGUGCAGGAGAUCUGAUUCCUGCCUUAGCAAGAGACAAGGUGGAAGAGAUUUGGAAUCCAUCUGUGGUGCUGACCAUUUUCCUUCAUUAUGGACUCUUUGAUGAUGCCAUCCGUUUUGCAGAAUGUAUUGGUGACUGGAAGACAGCUAUUCUUCUCACCAUCCUUGAGCUGAAGGAGGAAGGGCAGAGGCUAGAUAUCCUUUGGAGGCAUAUCCAAGUCCUAAUGGGGAAUCCAAAAGGUCUACUGAAUUUUAAGAGAGAUCAGCUGCAGUCUCUUUUAUGCCAUGGAGUAUUGCUUGAUGGAGAUCCUGUACCACGACUCCUUCAAGACACUGUUAUCACCAUUUUGGGAUUAAUGAAGCAGUUCCCUCUCAUUGUUGAUGAUGAAUUCCCCCUUCCAGCAGUUCCAAUCUAUUGCUACCAUGACUAUGAAGAAGCUUUCACCAUCACAAGUACUGAAUCAAAACGGAGAAAGGAACUAGCCCUUCAUGUACUUCAUGCCAUUGAACUUUUGAAACUCAGUAACUGUCUCCAGCUCUGUCUUUCAUCCCUUCUGAGUAUUAUCCAUCAGGCCCAUGCAGACUCAGACAAUAAUUGGACAUCUCCGGAUUUGGAGGCAUUGCUGUCCCUGGUUCCAGUGGAAUCUACAUCGAUGAUGAAGGGAAAUGAUAGCAUCAAGAAAGUCCUGGAAGCAUUUGAUGAGUUGUGUGCCAUUUUGUGGACCUUCGAAAUGAGGGAUAAGCUAAGCCUGGCAUGGAGACAAUGGCAUAGGCUGUGUCUCAUGAGGACCCCCUGCUCCUUGGCACGGGUGGAUAAUGGGGAAGAGUGUGUAAGUGAGAUCCUGGAUUGGGCCAGUGAACUUCUCCCCUUUGCUGGACAAUGGAUGGAAGAUCUCCUCAAACUGGUUCUUUCCAUGCUACAUGAGAGAAGCAUCUGCCCUGAAGCCAUACAGCACUUCCUCUACUUUUUUCCCUCUCCAAACCACAUCCCUACAGAGCUUCAGCCACAGGCUAGGGAUUUGGUGGCAAAAUGGCUGCAAUGUGCAACAGGAGACCUCUAUUCCAGCCUCACAUCUCUUCAUGAAUAUGCUAGCAUUGAAGGGCACAAUCAAAUUCAAGAAGAUAAGACUGUGAGGGAGUUAGCAGGGUAUUUUGGAGAGAGGGACCUUAUCAACUCAUCCAGUCUUCCAAAUCUCAAUUCCCUAAACACAAAAUGCCUCUCCUUCCUUUCCAUUUUCCUGGAAUUGACUUGUAAGCACAUAUCACAGAAUACUUUCUCUGUACCUAUUCUUGCCAUUCACAAAGAAGAGCUUUGUCAAGAGAUUCUUACCACUGUAAAUUUGAAGCACACCAUUGGAAAAUGUAGGAAGAAAUCUGUUGGCUUUGCUGAUGGUACUUUGACAUGCCUCACCACAGAUCUCAUCUUCAAAUGCCUUUUGGGAGAUGAAGUUGACCUUAACCUUGACCUUGAUGGCUUGGAGAAACUGAAAGUGUUGAAGUGGGCCUAUGACUGGAGUCAGGAGCCAUGUGCUUCAUUAACUGAGUCAGGGAAAUUGAAGGUGGUACUUCCCCUUAUACCCCUUCUUGCCUUUGCAGCCAAACAUCUCAUGAAGGCAUCAAAUGUGCCUAGAAAGGAGAAUAAAAGGAAUGAGGGUGACAGUGAACCAAGGAGAUACCCUAUUCCCCUCCGACGGCAUCUGGGGCAAGGCAACAAAUUCCAUCCAAAGUGCAUGCCAUUGGAAACUAAUGAGAUAUCUUUAUUGCCUGAGACAUCCACCACAUGGAAUGAUCUUGAGGAAGAUCCUUCUAACACCAAAACAACCAUCAAAGACUUAUUUUGUAAGGCACCCAAUUCUGUUAAAGAGUGUGAAACAAGAACAAACUUGUCACUUCCUUCCACUAUCACCAAAGAAGAGUUCACUGCAUUUUCGCUUGAUGGUCAAGCACAAACAAAAUCAUGCAGAUUAGUCAACAAAAAACAAGACAUUCAAGACUCUGAUCCUUUUGAAGAUUCUUCUGUUGGUGAUAAAGUCAGAAUUGAAUUGCAAACCCAUGUUGAAGAUGGUAAUGAAUUGCUGAAGAAAAAAGUUCUUAGGACUAAAGAACUUAAUUCAGACUGUUGGGUUCCUAACUCAAGAGACUCAGUCCCUUCACAUCCUGUUCAUCAACAAGCACAAAAGUCAAGGAGGAGUUCAAGGAAGGGGUUGAGGCAUUCCCUAUUGUUAAUGGAUGCAGCCAAGGUUGUUGAGAAUGCAUUUGAAUCUGAUACCUUUAUAGAAUGCUUGAAAGUGUCCAGCAUUGAAGAGCCAUCAAAGGAGGAUUUGAAGGUACCUCUGAAGAUGCUCAAUGACAAGGUAUUGGAGGAGCCUGACAAGGAAACCUGUGUCACAGAGUCCAAGGUCACUGUGAAGGGAAUCUUUAGUACCAAGUAUAUGGAAGCUGAGGUGGGAUGCAAUAAUGAGGAGCCUAAGGAAAGCAGGAAGUCAAGGGGGCAGGGAUUUCCCAUGCAGGAACCCAGUGUCAAAAGUUCCAAGGAACCUAUAAAGAAGAUCAAUGGCAAGGAGUUGAAGCAGCUUGAGAAGGAAGUCCCUGGCAAAGAAUUGGAAGAACCUUUGACUAUGAUUGAUGACAAGUUCAAGGAAUCCAUUAAGUGUGAUGUCAAGAAAUAUGUGAAACUCCAUAACAUAAUUAAGGAAGAAGGUAAUGGAGAACUAGAGGAUUGUGUGAUAGAGUUGAGAAAGCCAAAUCAGGAAGCCUUUGACCUUAGGAUGACUAUCAGGCAGGAGAUGAAUGUCAUUCUAGAGGAAUUGGAGAAGCUGAAAAAGCACCAUGAGAGGAGUUCCAACAAGGAGAUCCCUGGCAGAAAUUUGCCAAAUCCUGCAUUAUGGGACAUAGUGAUGCGAACAAAAAUGUUGCAAUCUGAAAUCCACAAGCCUCAGACAUCCAAGAUGGAAGGAGAAGAUAUUUCCCUAGCACAAAAUGAGGCAACAAGUAAAAGAGCACCUAUUACCCAUCAGUCAACAGAGAGCAAAGAUGUGUCUGUGGGGAGAAUGGGAACAGAUACACUAGAAGAUGUCACACUACCUUCCAGUAUUUGCUUCACUGCUCAAUGCAAGAUGAAAGAAACCACAAAGAAGUCUUCCACAUACAAACAGUAUCUUCUUUGCAAGCCAAGUGCAAUUGGUCUGCAUUCUGAUAUCCCAUCUUUGAUAGUUUGGGACAAAGACUUUUUAAAAACAGUUAGGAAAAAGCAAAAGAAUAAAAGGGUUGUUCCUAUUUUGAAAUACAACAAGGCACAACAUCGUCUGUCCCUCAAAUUCCUACCUCUUGAGCCACUGAUGGCAGCCUUGAAAGAGAGAUUGGAGAAGCGGAAAAAAUGCUCCUCUGAUUCUUCACUCGAAACUUUGCUAGGCAAGGUUCCUACUCCUGAAAUGAGUCCAUCCAGUAUCAGACAUCAAUCUGGAGAGAAUUCCUUUGAAGCCUAUGAAAAUGGUGUGAAAAAUGAUGCUGAAAUCCAACAAGAAGGGGAACCAAGACCAGUAUAUCGUGUGGAGUCACCAUCAGGAUCAGUGUCAUUAAGUACAAGCAGAAGCAGCUAUACUCCAGUUGGAAAUGGGGAUAGCACCUCCUUUAGCUCUCUACCAAUUGAACAAUCAUUCCAGAAAUCUGCUUUUGAAGAAGAAAGUUUCUCGAUUGGCAACUACGGAGAAGGAAAAACUGUUUGCCCAUCUGGUGUUGAAAAUGCCUCAGGAGAACUUACAGUAUUACAUGAAUUAAAAGAUUGUGUUGAUAUUGGAGUUGAAACACAAUUCCCUACUGCAGAUGCAGAUAUACAAGUUCAGCCAGAAGUGAUGGGCACUCUGGUUCAAGUAGAAGAAUUAACACAUGCAAAACCCCAGCAUGAGGCAAGGUUUACCAACCCAAAAGUUGAGACUGGCAAGAAAAAUUAUGCUUUUGUUCCUGUUGGAUCAGCAAGUGUAUUGGCAGAGAUUGAGGCAUUGUUGCAGAGCAUCACACAGGCAGAAGACCUGGCCAUUCGUGUUCAUAUGGGACUCCAGGAAUCAAAGCAGGUCCUGAGGGAGAUAGAUGAGCUGGAAGGGGAGAGCGGGUCAGUGUUGUUGUUUGAUUCCUGUGUGAGAAGAAAUUAUCACUGCCCUUCAGGGCUGGUCUCUGUUGACAAGAAGCAAACUGCAAUCCUCAAUGCAUGCUAUCACCAGGCCCUUGACCUUGGUAUCCAGGGGUCCAGGGCACUUAGCAUUAUUGACAACCUCCGGAAGGAGUUUUUUGUGAAGAAUAAAGUGUCAAGUUCAAUGCAGAAACGUGCAACAGCACCCUUGGCUACAUGUCUCUCCCAGGCAAGGGAUAGUCAUCAAGAGAGAAAACUGGGAUUCCAGAGAAGCCUGGAGGAUGGGAAGGCUGUGGCUGUGGAAUCUCUCUUAGCCAAUUCCAUCCUCGUGUCAUGUAUGAAAAGGCCCAUUCGUAGUGGAAGGGGUCAAAGGAAAAAGUAUUGUGGCUAUCCUCUACUGGAGGACAUCCCUGAAGUGGAAUCCCUCAACAUCUGAAGCACUGCCACCUGUCUUCCAAUUAUGAAUUUGUAUGGAUAAGAUUCUGUUCCCUGUUCCCUUCCUGCUUUCGAGCUUUUUCAAGAUUUCAGCAUUUUUACUCAUGCUUGAGAUCUGAUCUGUACAACACUGUACAACAUGUAAUCUUCCCUUGUCUAAUAUAUUAUUAAUUUAUAUUAUUACCUC